CACAGCAAGCGCUUCAUCAUAGAAGUCAAAUCAGAGCAAAUAAUUAAGUGUGGUUAGAGCUACCUGCGGCCUGGGCCAUUCAAAAGAAGGCAGAGAGCAGGAGGAGGAGCGAGGACAGGUGCAGGGCAGGUAGCUCCGUCCUGGGGCCUGACGGUGUGGGAAGGAUCCCCUCCGUAAAGACAGGCUCUCCGUGAUAAAUGGAAUAAGGUUGUGGUGCCUUUCCAAUAUUCACUACCAAGACAGAGCCAGCAGGCAGUGAGGGGGUGAACAGCUUUGGCAGAGGAGAGCUCUUCUCCUUUUUAAGGUGUUCUUCAAGUCCCGAUGGGCUGGAGGUCCUCCAGGUAGCUCCCGGGGCUUCCACACAUUCAUUGGAGGACCGCUUGUGAUCCAGAAGCCGAAUGCCUGAAAGAAAUGAUUCAAAGAAGAUCAGACAGCGUCCACACCUGGACUCCCCUUGGAAUGCUUCAGGGACGCGUGGAUGUCACCUUGGACCGGGUGGACGCGGCCGGUGUCUAGACGUCCUCCCGACCGCAGGUGCUGGGCACCAGCAGCGCCCAGGUGUGUAGCACAGCCCGCGGCAUGGCUCUUAAGAUGCUCCUGCCUGCAAGCCCUGCGAGCUGCUUGCUGUUGCUGGUGGCCCUCGCCGGUGCUGAAGCAGCUUCCGACUCGAAUGAAUCUGCAAAUUCCACUGCCCAAGAUGCCGUGAGUGCCCGGUUCGCUGCCUCCAGCAGAGAGCCGGCUGAGAGGAUCUCUGUGUUUGAGCUGGACUAUGACUACGUGCAGGUUCCUUACGAGGUGACCCUCUGGAUACUUCUAGCGUCUCUUGCAAAAAUAGGCUUCCAUCUCUACCGCCGGCUGCCGCGCCUCAUGCCUGAGAGCUGCCUGCUCAUCCUGGUGGGCGCCCUGGUGGGCAGCGUCAUCUUCGGCACUGACCACAAGUCGCCGCCUGUCAUGGACUCCAGCAUCUACUUCCUCUACCUGCUGCCGCCCAUCGUGCUGGAGAGCGGCUACUUCAUGCCCACCCGGCCCUUCUUCGAGAACCUGGGCUCCAUCCUGUGGUGGGCAGGCCUGGGCGCGCUCAUCAACGCCUUUGGCAUCGGCCUGUCCCUCUACCUGGUCUGCCAGGUGCAGGCCUUCGGCCUGGGCGACCUGCACUUGCUGCAAAACCUGCUCUUCGGCAGCCUGAUCUCUGCCGUGGACCCAGUGGCCGUGCUGGCCGUGUUCGAGGAGGCGCGGGUCAACGAGCAGCUCUACAUGAUGAUCUUCGGGGAGGCUCUGCUCAACGACGGCAUCAGCGUGGUCUUAUACAAUAUAUUAAUUGCCUUCACAAAGAUGCAUAAAUUUGAAGACAUAGAACCUGUUGACAUUUUGGCCGGAUGUGCCCGGUUCAUUGUUGUGGGCUGUGGAGGAGUAUUUUUUGGCAUCAUUUUUGGAUUCAUUUCUGCAUUUAUCACACGUUUCACUCAGAACAUCUCUGCGAUUGAACCCCUCAUUGUCUUCAUGUUCAGCUACCUGUCUUACUUAGCUGCUGAAACUCUCUACCUGUCUGGCAUCCUAGCAAUCACAGCCUGUGCAGUGACAAUGAAAAAGUACGUGGAAGAAAACGUGUCCCAGACCUCCUACACGACCAUCAAGUACUUCAUGAAGAUGCUGAGCAGCGUCAGCGAGACCCUCAUCUUCAUCUUCAUGGGCGUGUCCACCAUUGGGAAGAACCACGAGUGGAACUGGGCCUUCAUCUGCUUCACGCUAGUCUUCUGCCAGAUCUGGAGAGCCAUCAGCGUGUUUGCGCUCUUCUACGUCAGUAACCAGUUCCGGACUUUCCCCUUCUCCCUCAAGGAUCAGUGCAUCAUUUUCUACAGCGGUGUUCGAGGAGCUGGGAGCUUCUCCCUUGCGUUUUUGCUCCCUCUGUCUCUUUUUCCAAGGAAGAAACUGUUUGUUACCGCUACCCUAGUAGUGAUCUAUUUUACCGUGUUCAUUCAGGGAAUCACAAUCGGCCCUCUAGUCAGAUACUUGGACGUCAGAAAGACCAAUAAAAAAGAAUCCAUCAAUGAAGAGCUCCACAUCCGACUGAUGGAUCACCUGAAGGCGGGCAUGGAAGAUGUGUGUGGGCAGUGGAGCCACUACCAAGUGAGAGACAAGUUUAAGAAGUUUGAUCAUAAGUACUUACGGAAAAUCUUAAUCCGAAAGAACCUACCCAAAUCAAGCAUUGUCUCUUUAUACAAGAAGCUGGAGAUGAAACAAGCUAUUGAGAUGGCAGAGACUGGGAUACUAAGUUCUACCGCGUUUUCUGUACUGCAGCAGGCCCAGAGGACACAGGCGACCAAGAGGCUUUCCCCUGAAGACGUGGAGUCCAUGAGAGACAUUCUGACACAGAACCUGUACCAAGUGCGGCAAAGGACCCUGUCCUACAACAAGUACAACCUCAAGCCCCAGAGCAGCGAGAAGCAGGCGAAGGAGAUCCUGAUCCGCCGGCAGAACACGCUGAGGGAGAGCCUGCGGAAGGGCCGCAGCCUGCCCUGGGGGACACAGGUUGGCGCCAAAAACAUCCGCUACCUGUCCUUCCCCUACAGCAAGCCACAGUCCGGGCGGAGAAACGCAGGUGCUGCGGAAGCCUCAGAUGACGACAGCAGCGGCCUUGGACUCCCAUUCAUCACGUUCAGUGCGCGGCCCCAGUUGGGGUCACUUCGGGAAAGCCGGCUGGCACAGGAGGUGAUCCCCAUGAAGAGCUUACCCCAAGCGACAAUGACGGUGCCCUUCCGUGAUGGCAGAGACCCUGGGCCGGGCAGGAGGACGGUGGCACGGCCCAGGCCUCUGUUCUUCACCUUGGAGGAGGAGUUUGAGUCCAGGGCAGAGAGCGAUGAGGAGGCCUCAGCCCUCAGAGUGAGGUGGACAGCAGAGCGUGGACACAGCAGGGAGCAUGGCCAGUCCCACAGCCCUCUGCUCCGCAGGAAAUAGUGCCACUGCCACACGACUGCUUCUGACUUUCUAGCGCUCACCUUCCACUGUUGUGAGCGCGAGGUUUUCAGAUGGGCGCUGUGGAGUUUGCUUUCUUGAAGCUAUUGGACAUGGAUCUCUAAGAGACAGGAAGAUGCCUGGGAAGCUGGGAGUGAGUGGACUUGUAGAGGAGCCACAUUCUGAGCUGGGGGUGCUGAUGACAGGAGCUGAGCCCCCACGCCUUCCUAAGAGCACCCUCUGAUGGCCUCUGGCCAGCUCGUGUACCGAGAUGUAAGUGUGACUGGUUGGUGAUUCCACUCACCACGUGUGCGUGCAGCUUAGAAUCAAGUAGAGCAAGGCUGGGCCUUUGCAGUCUCCUGGCUCCAACCCCGUGUUCAGGGAUAAGGACUCCAUGGCCGAGGUCCCUGGAGAGCAGUUCUCCAUCCAGGGAAUGUAUUUGGUUUUGAUCUGGGAAUCCAGUAUGCACUAAUCCUAUCUCAAAAGAGAGGUGAAAUUUUGUAUAACAUUGCCGUAUCCAAUCGACAACAGCGAUUGAUGCGAGACACGCUCCAGGCUAAAUCUCUGAACAGUGGAUUCAAACCCUAUUUUAUAAUUGCAGCCCUGACUUUAAAAACAAACAUUAGAAACGCAGUGGCCACACAGCUGAACAACCAUGCCGUGAGCAACAGGAAUUCAUUAGGUGUGUGCAGUACUCCUCAUCACGUCCAGGCUUCGUUUCGGACCACGCACUCCAGCUGGCCGAUUUUACCAAACUACUUUACCUCCUCCCUUCUUCCCUCCCUUUCCCCUUCCCUCUCUUUUCUUGGGCCACCUGUCUGUCAAUAAUCACUCUGCAGGCUUUAUUUAAUGUGCCACAUUGAUAACAUAUGAUAAUUAACUAAAUACCCUUCUACCAUUACUAUUUCUGGUACCUCCACCAUCCUUGACUGAUUUUUUAUCCUGCCCAUCUGUAAAGGCCCCCCUUGAAUGUUCCCGAGAUCUGCCUUGACUCCUUUUGUCCUUAGGUGUCCCCAUGUUUUGGGGGUGUGCAGUGGAUUUAUCUGUGCAUUACACUUCUGCAUGGACACGUGUGUUUAUUCUGGUGGCCCAGGCUGCGAAGGACAAGGGGCAGUUUGUUCAUUUUAACUUUUCACCACUUAUCUGUUGUGCCACCUAGCCCUUUGCUUUCCAUGUUUUGUGCUUGUGUAGGUCUUAUCAGUUUUUCUCUUAUCAGGGAUAAUGACGUCUGCACUCGCGAUCGCUUGUACAUGUCGAACUGAUGACAGGAGCACAGAUUGGAAGGGAUGCGAGCAAAGUGCCCUCAGCACUCUUACCUUCUAGAUGUCACAAAUGACAGCCUGGGAUGUCACCAGAUGCCAGCUCAGGGGCUGCUGUCCCUUGCAGGGAACAGCCCACGUCCUCCGGUAGGACCUAGGGGCACCAGUAACAGGCCAAGGACAUUUGGCUUUGCCCACAGUUUAUACAGUGUGAAUGAUUCUCCCCAGCAUGCUCAGCCGAAGACAUGGCAAAGCAGCCCAUUGGUUGAUCUUCUGAAGCUGUAAUAUAAUCCCGCUUCUGAUCUCAGUAUUUUUAUUUUAAUAAAAAUUAUGCACUACCAAAUGAUAGGAAUCAGUUAAUCAGGGACAGAGCCACAUAUAAAUCCUUGGGCUUUUCUUUUUAUUUAAACAAACAAGCAAGCUAAGCAGCAGAGACAAAUUCUUGGCUCAGGAGGUGGCGGGGGCAGUGGGCUUUUACCCCCAGCGGUAGGUGAAGUACAGCGGCAGAGAGCUGUUGUCGAAAUUCACCUUCCCAAGGCCACAUGCAAGGCUGCAUAUCAGAAGCGAAGGGCACCCACAUCCCUUACUGGUCUCCAUCCAUGUAACUGCAGAAGCCAAUUGCAAGUGUCCGCCAAGAGUAGCCAGCAAGGACUCAGGGUGAGCGGGAUCUACCAGAGUUUCCCAGCUUGCUCUCAGGUGCAGGCGCCAUUAAGCAGUGGGAUUCAGGGUCCAUGUAAUUAGCAGAAGCUGCUGCUCCCCACCUGAACCAGGAACCACAUUCCACUGCAGAGAGUGAGCUCAGGCCACAGAGAAGCAGACUGCCAGAGUGACGGGUGGGCAAAGGUUUGCACAGGGGACAGUCUGAGGCCAGCAGGGCACUUGCAGGCCUGCCUGCCUGCCUUUUCCUCCAUACCAUGGUCCUCACGCAUGGGGACAUUCCAGGUCCCCCGUGGAGACUGAUUUUUCCUGUGUGCCCUGUAGUGAUGAAGUUAAUGAUAAUAAAUGCAGCUAUAACAAUGCAGGGUAAGAAGCUUACUUAAAAUGUGUGCAUUGUUUAUUUCUAGAAUUUUCCAUUGAACAUCUUUGGAUGCAGUUGACUCGGUCACUGAGACAGGAAGUGGGACUGAGGAUAAGCAAGUACUGCUGUACCAGGAAGGGACAGGGCACGGCAGAGAGGGAUGAGGUCACUGACAGCCUCGAGUCAGACCAUCUGCUGGUUGGUUAAUCUUGUGUUCUGGCACAGGACAGGGCCAGCGUGCCCGGGGGAAGGAGGUAACCAUUGAUCUUUUGGUCACUGCAUCCUGCAAUUCAACACUCACACAGUCAGACUACAUUUUGGGGAUAGGAACACGAGGCCCUGAGUUCACUUCUUCGGCAGGGACGUGGCCCAGAAGUCCCUCCUCGUGUGGGCCUGUGGAGGCCCCUGAAAGGCUGCUAGCCAUAUUAGACCUGUGGAGUUCCCAAGGAGGGGUCCUUCAGUUAGGGCUUCCAGCGCUAUUUCAAAGCACGGUGUGUGGCCAGGUGUGGUGCUGCAUAGUUGUGAUCCCAGCGCCUCAGGAGGCUGAGGCAGGAGGAUCAAGAUCGUGAGUUCCAGUCCAAUUUAAUGAGAUCUUGUUUCAAAAUAAACAAUUUUUUCAAGGGUUAAGAGUGUAGUUCAGCCAUCCCUGGGUUCAAUCCCUAGUACCGCCAACAGCAAACAAUAACAACAACAAAAUCUGCGGAGUGUUUUCUCUCCCAGGGGUUUUCCAGCAGGUGCCUGUAGUGCAGUGCGGUGAGGGGUUUCAGCUAGGCAGCUGGACUCCUUUCCCUGCUCACCCAGGGAUGAGUGAAAUUUCCUAGCGUCCCCCCAAUUCUGGGCCUGGCUUCUGGUCAACCCUCCUUGCUAGGGGCCCCAAAGAAUGUGUCUGUUUAUUUUCAACCUCAAAAAAUCACGUGCCCAACACACAAAGUCCAAAUUUUCUUCUCUGAGUUUUUGUUUUAUUUUGUUGACCUUUCUGAGCCCUAGUUUGUGUUGCUCACCUGAAGGGUCUCAGGUUUCCAGGAACUCUGACUUAGAGCGAAGCACGUUUUUAUUUAUCGUACCCAGCAGCCUCCCUCCUUACACAUUUUCCAGAUGUUUUCUGGUUCGUGGGGUGCAGAAAAAGCACACCUCCAUCUCCCUGGGAGCCAACAGGAGGCCAUGGGCACCAGUCCUGGCUUUGGUCCCCUUACGGAAAGGGAGGCCGUGGCCUUCGGGGGACACCCGUGAUUCUGAAGUGGAGAGGGGAAUCCGGACACUGAUGGAGGUCCUUGUCAUUCUCUUUCUCUGUGGACAAAGUUGGGGGCGUGGGUGGUAGGGCUGGAAUUACCACCCUGUUUCCUAGUAGAAUAGCUGCUCCUGCAGGAGAGGGGCUCCGGAGGCAGCGGGUGGCAGGGCUCCCUCUGCAGCGGGAGUGACGCUGGGCUGAGCCCGUGGAGAAGCCUCUCUCUUGCCACGCUGACCGCGCGGACUUACCUGAAUGUUUAUUUUCAUGUGUCCGCGUUUGCGGUACACAGUGAGUUUGUUUCUUGCUGGGCGUUGGUGCCUGGGCGAACGCAGCUUCACUCAUUUUACGUGGCCUUCCGUCUCUCCAUCUUGGUCUCUUCCUAUUUGUGAAAGAUCCACCUGUUUCCCAUUAUCUCUCUUGUACUUUUCUCUUUAAUUUACUUAUGCUUUGAGUUUUUCAUGGACGAGAACGCAUGAGAAAUUGAAGCUUGUGUGUCUCAUUUAUUUCAUGUAAAUCUGUGAUCUCCAGGUGCAUCCAUGACCUAUGGAUGACUCCAGUCUACCCUUCUUUGUGGCAGAGCAGUACUUCAUUGUGGGUAUAUUGUCUUUACCAACUCAUGGUGGGUACAUUGUCUUUACCAACUCAUCUGUUGGUGAACAUGCAGGCUGCAUUCAAGAGUUAGCUGUAGGAGUUGUGCUGCUAUGAACACGGCUAUGCAUGGGCACCAUAAUAUCAUCCUGAGCUCUUUUGGGGAAAUAUCUAGACCAUGUAGAUCUUAAAUCCAUGUGGUUAGUUCAGAACUCAGGCUCUGAAGUCAAACAGCUUUUAUGAGACUUGUGGCAAGUUAAUUAUUAUCCCUAAGUCGAAGUGGACCAAUAGAUAAAAUAAAUCUACCUCAUAGAACGAGUCAGUGAAAUCAGUGAAGAUUCAAUGAAAUAAUAUAUAUAAAACUUUUAGAUCAGUGUUUAGAGUUUGAUCGCUUUAGCUGUACUUGCUUAAGUGAUACGGACGCAUGAAAGAGAACAAUCACUGAUAUAAUGCCAUGCGAAGAGUGUAACUGAGGCAAAGACUUUUCUGAGAACUACUUGGUGGACAGGAUAGAGUGUAUUUGUGGGGGCCAGGGGGCGGGGUGUGGCCGGAAUUGCGGAUGCUGAAAAUCUUGGAUCACCACGGUAUUGGGUGGUCCUGUCCAUCAGUUCAGAGCUCAUCAUCAAAAGCAAAACCAGAGACAAAACCCGGGUAUGGAUUAUUCACAUUUUUCAGGAGUAUUCUCCUUUUCCCAUCAAAGCACAAUGUUAUCUUGCUUAUUUUUGUGUCAUUCCCUCAACAUUAUUGCAUUCUCUAGUUUGGGGGAUCAUUAGCCUUUCAUAUGAUCUAAUUCUCAUUUAUUUUCAAAGAGAUCAUGGACUCAGAGCCCCUGCCAUCUCCUGAGACAACCUGUUCAUAAAGGAGAAAAAAUUCAAUGGGGUUUAAUUCUUUAGCUUGGAAUUUCAGUGUGGAAUUUCUUUCCUGGAACAGGACUUCUCUCCAAAAAAGUGACUCUCUUUAGAGAAAGAAAUGCUUAAGAGCUUUUAGCCGAGAAAAAAAAUGGUUUCUGGUGUGUUUUACAAUGUUCCAAAAUGAGGCAAAAUGAAUUUCUGAAAAAUAAAGUCAGUGCAUAUGUUGCA